GGGCCGGGGCGGGCCCGGAGGCUUGCGGCCCCUUUAAGGCUUGGCCUACGUGGCACCCGCCGGAGCCGCCGCCGACGCGGAGUGAGGCCGGCCGCCGGCACUUCCUGUGGAGGCCGCAGCGGGCCGGGCGCUUACAGGCUGAGCGCCGAGCGAGCGAGCGAGCCAGCCGAGCUCAGCCUCCCGCUGCCGCCGCCAUGGGCCAGAACGACCUGAUGGGCACGGCCGAGGACUUCGCCGACCAGUUCCUCCGAGUCACGAAGCAGUACCUGCCGCACGUGGCACGCCUCUGCCUGAUCAGCACCUUCCUGGAGGACGGCAUCCGCAUGUGGUUCCAGUGGAGCGAGCAGCGUGACUACAUCGACACCACCUGGAGCUGCGGCUACCUGCUGGCCUCCUCCUUUGUGUUCCUCAAUCUGCUCGGACAGCUGACUGGCUGUGUCCUGGUGUUGAGCAGGAACUUUGUGCAGUACGCCUGCUUCGGGCUGUUUGGAAUCAUAGCUCUGCAGACGAUUGCCUACAGCAUUUUAUGGGACGUGAAGUUUCUGAUGAGGAACCUGGCCCUGGGAGGAGGCUUGUUGCUGCUCCUGGCAGAGUCCCGUUCUGAAGGGAAGAGCAUGUUUGCGGGAGUCCCCACUAUGCGAGAGAGCUCCCCCAAGCAGUACAUGCAGCUGGGAGGCAGGGUCCUGCUGGUCCUGAUGUUCAUGACACUGCUGCACAUUGACACCAACUUCUUUUCUAUUGUCCAGAACAUCGUGGGCACAGCUCUGAUCAUUUUAGUGGCCAUUGGUUUUAAAACCAAGCUGGCUGCUUUGACUCUUGUCGUCUGGCUGUUUGCCAUCAACGUGUACUUCAAUGCCUUCUGGACCAUUCCAGUCUAUAAGCCUAUGCACGACUUCCUGAAGUACGACUUCUUCCAGACCAUGUCAGUGAUCGGGGGCUUGCUCCUGGUGGUGGCCCUGGGCCCUGGGGGUGUCUCCAUGGAUGAGAAAAAGAAAGAGUGGUAACAGUAACAAGUCCCUGCCCUGUCUGGCUAAGACCUAUGGCCAUCGAGGACUGGUUCAGGGUGGAUUCAACAAAACUGCCAGCAUUUAUGUAUUCUCUUCCCUCCCCUCCCUUGGUAAAGGCAAAGAUGUUUGGAGAACUUUAUUUGCAGAGACUCCUGGAAAUGGAUGAUAAAUCUGCUCUGAAGGGGCGGUGCCUGUGGCUCAAGGAGUAGGGUGCCGGUCCCAUAUGCCAGAGGUGGCGGGUUCAAACCCAGCCCCGGCCAAUAAAAAAAAAAAAUAAAAUAAAAUAAAUCUGCUCUGAAGCUGCAGUCUGGCACCUGACUGCUUUGUGCUGGCCAGCUGGUCCCCUCCCCCAGACUUUUGGAGCCAAGUGAACAGCUUGGCUGGUUGUGGCCUCUCAGUCCUAUUUUUGAGGGGUUUUUUUUGGUGGGGGAGGAGGCCUUCAAGCUAUACUGUGAGCAGACACAUUUGUGUAUCAUUCAAAUUAGUCUUCCUCUUUUUAAGUUUACAUUUUUAGCUCAAACUACUAAAUUGUUUUGGAUGGUUCAGCCAAGUACCACACCUGGUACAAGUUAAACACCUGUAUAGAAACAGUGACAAUAUUUGAAGAGCCACAGUCCCAGAGCAAGGUAGCAGUAGAGGGCCAUGGGGGCUGCAGUUUCUGGUGACGGUCAUCAGUUAGAAAACCAGCUCUGAUGGCCAAGUUCUAGCCUGGCAACACCCCGGACGCUUUAGUGAUUUGAGGCAGGGAUGAGGAGUGAGAAGUCCUUGGGGCAGCUGCUGCUGGCCACCUGGAGUCCAGCAGUGAGGAGGCCAUGCAGGACAGGACCUACCCAGGGCAGCACAACCUGGCUGGGGCCCUCCACACUGGAGCCCUGUUACCUCACACUGACAUCUGGGGCCUAUCCCUAGCAGCACUUGCCCUGGGGCCAGCUCCACACACUCUCACAAGGUUAAUGCCUGCUCAGACCGUGUCCAUUUGCUAUGCUGAAUGCAGCCAAAAUUACUUUUCACAAUUUGUGAUGCCUUACUGAUUUGAUCUUGAUCCUGUAUUUAAAGUUUUCUAACAUUGCCUUA